CCCUGGAGACGCAGGGGAAAAAAGACGGUAGCGGGAGAAAAAAAGUUUUGGAUGGGAUUAUGUGGAAACUACUCUCUUCUCUGCUGCUGCUCCUGUUGUUGCUGCUGCUGCCGCCGCUGCCCGAGCAAGCUCAGUGCUGCUGCUGCUGCUUUCUCUCCAGCGGUGCAGCCUUGGCGGGCUGGUGGAGGUGGUGGUGAGGAGAAGAAGAGGAGGAAGGAGGACGCCGCCGCCGCCGCGCCGGGGAGGACUUGAGCCGCGCGCGUGCCUCGCUCGGCCCGGGCUUGCGUGGAGUGUCGUCGUGCGUGUGCGUGAGGAAACUUUCCACCACCACCCCCCGGCCUGCCAAAUGCUCCUCUUCGGGGUCUUCUUGCUGACAUCUGCCCUGGUCAGCCAAAGACAGGGAGCUCGUGCCGAAUCCAACCUCAGCAGCAAGUUCCAGCUCUCCAGCGGCAAGGAGCAAAACGUUGUCCUAUCUAGUGUAUCUCUGAAGACUGAAAGGGAAAAAGAGGCCAAAACUGGAGUGCAAGAGCCACAACAUGAGAAGAUUAUUACAGUGUCUGGCAAUGGAAGCAUUCACAGCCCAAAGUUUCCAUAUACUUAUCCCCGCAACACAGUACUGGUGUGGCGAUUAGUAGCAGUGGAGGAGAACAUGUUGAUACAGCUCACAUUUGAUGAAAGAUUUGGGCUUGAGGACCCAGAAGAUGAUAUAUGCAAGUAUGAUUUUGUAGAAGUUGAAGAGCCCAGUGAUGGCACUAUUUUAGGACGGUGGUGUGGUUCAUCUACAGUUCCAGGCAUACAGACUUCCAAAGGAAACCAGAUCAGGAUCAGAUUUGUUUCUGAUGAAUAUUUGCCUUCUGAACCUGGAUUCUGUAUCCAUUAUACUCUUCUCACAUCACAUCAUACAGAAUCUGUCAGUCCAACAGUGCUGCCACCAUCAGCUUUACCAUUAGAAUUGCUAAACAAUGCUGUUGCUGGAUUUAGUACUGUGGAGGAACUUAUCAGAUACCUUGAGCCAGAUAGAUGGCAAUUAGAUUUGGAAGACCUGUACAGACCAACCUGGCAGCUCCUUGGAAAAGCAUACAUUUAUGGGAGAAAAUCUAGAGGUGUAGAUUUGAACCUUUUAAAGGAGGAGGUGCGACUGUAUAGCUGUACUCCACGCAACUUCUCAGUGUCACUGAGGGAAGAGCUGAAGCGAACAGAUACAAUCUUUUGGCCGCUUUGUCUGCUAGUGAAACGUUGUGGUGGAAACUGUGCCUGCUGUCAGCAUUCAUGUGCAGAGUGCCAGUGUGUUCCCACUAAGGUCACCAAGAAAUACCAUGAGGUUCUUCAACUGAAACCCAGGAAUGGUGUAAGAGGAUUGCAUAAAUCUCUGACGGAUGUACCAUUAGAUCAUCAUGAGGAAUGUGACUGUGUGUGCAAAGGACAUACAGAAGGGUAAUAGGAACUAGAUGUGCUUCUUUCUUGUACAGCACAUUCAGACAGCAGCUGAUUCUGUUUUGGGGCUUGUGCAUUAAUUUCCCUCUGUAAUCUCAGUUUGUUUUGAGAAUCUUCAGUCUUCAGGAUUGACAGUUUUUGGAGAACAAAGAGAGAUGAGCUCCAGCUGUGCAUUGUAACAGCAUGGUUACCUGAAGACCCGUUCUAAGGAUGAGCAGAAAGCAUCAAUGAGGGAUUUUUUGUCUCCAAGUAAAUAUACAUGCAUAAUAUCAUCUCUCAGUCAUCUUGAAUUUUUUUUAAAAAAAUUAAAUUUAUAAGUAGAGGAAAAGGCAGUACUGAAACAAAGCCUGGACUUUUCUGGAGGUCUUGUUUCUCUUGGUCUGUUACUUCUAGCUCAGAACAUCUGGAAUCUCUUUUAAGUCAACUCAACAGCUCCUGCAUGUUCUAAAUCAAAGUGUUAAUUGUCUUACAGACUGUCUUAUAUUGAAUUAAACUUAAUUUUUCACUCAUACAAAUAGAAAAUAAUGGACACUUUCCGGUGAAGUGCCUGUUGUUAUAGCAACUCUUGAAUUGGUCAGUGUAGGUAAGCAAGGAUGGAAAGUUUUAUAUCAGGAAGUGGUUUUAGUCUUCUUGCUAUGGCGUACAAGUACUUUUGUUUGUUUAUAUUUUUAUUGUGUACAUUUUUAUAUUCUCUUUGGCAGCAUAACUGUUUGCUUCUCUAAUCUUGUUAAAUAUAUCUGUCUUUUUUUACCAAAGGUAUUUAAUGUUCUUUUUAAAAUAUUAUUAUGGCCUAGAUAAACUACUUUUUUAGUUUUCUAAGAUGUUGAAGUCAGAGAUAUAGAAAAGGGGAAGAAAGGACUACUGUUUCUACACGGCAUGGAACUAAAUAGUGCAUGUGCACGUUAAAAAAGGUAAAUAAGGGAGAUGAAAAUAUUCAUGCGAAUUUCCGGUUGUAGGUAACUGGGUCUAUUAUGUUGGUACAAAGCUGAACAUAAUAGUUGUAACAGUCCUCCUCUUCAAAAAAAAAGUGCCUUGAUCCAGACAAGGAGGUCUGUACACAGAAGCAGGUUUCAGCAUGAUAAAUAGAUAAAUAUAAUUUGUCAUAUCAGGAACCAUUGGCAUAAAUCUGAUAGACGUUAGAAUACACAAGAAGGCAGAAGUCUACACACACUGCGUUUUCAAUGGGUUUUGUAUUCUGGUACAUUUCUGGUACAUUUACCUUAUGUAUAGUAUCAUGUUUACAUGUGACUAGUGAAGGAGCAGGAUGCAGUUGUUUUAAUCAAGAAUCCAAACUAGAGAUGCCUGCUCUGUCUUGCCACCUUAUUCUAUGCAGUUGAAUAUAAGAUAGCUUGCCUUCUGGUAAAUACAAUUCGGAUGCCGUCCUGCUUCAUUGUUAAAUUAAAAAGUGAGAAGAUCCUGACAAGAGCACUACCACCACUGAUAUUUCAGUGUGUUCUUUCCUGCAGAAUACACUUGUUCCUGUAAAAGAUACAUCUAUUUAUUGCUAUAGGUGUAAGGUUUUUUUUAAGAAAUAUAUUAUUAUUAUUGAUGGUUAUUUCUUCAUAAAAACAGUGGGCUCCCAAUAUUUUAAUAAUGUAUAAUACAUUUUCAUGAAAUGUGGUUUUGUUAUGUACAGUCUAUGUAAACCAGUACAUUUGUAUCAUCUUUUGCCA